AAUAUGUAUUUGGUUCUGAUUAGAGAAGUGACCGCGAUUGGGGCAACCAAAUCGAUUUCAUACGGAGUAUCCCCCCCCCCCCGAAGAAGAUGAAUGUGAGGGAUCUUGCUGAUUUUCUUUAAAAUUUGCUUAAUUUAAGUAAUAAAAUAUUUUGAAAGUGUAAAGAAUAUAUGAGAUGGUUGGAGAAGAUGUGAAAAAAUGAGUUGCAAAAUCACUAUUUGGAAAGCUAAAGUGGCAUGUAGCUUCCCAAAAUUUAACUUCUCCCUGGGAGAGGGUCGAAGUAGAAGAAUUGAUCCAGUGGAGUCAUUUCAUCUCCUCCGCAACACAAAUGGAAACCAAAGGACCCUAUUACUGGGGGGACGUCCCGGAGGACGACUACUAUUCCCGCCAAGCCAUCAAUUCGACCAACUCUUUCUUCCUCUCCCCAAGGGGCCUAACCCUAUUCACCAGAUCAUGGCUACCCCAAACAAACCCACCUCGUGGCAUCAUCUUCAUGGUCCACGGGUACGGCAACGACAUCAGCUGGACAUUCCAAGCGACCCCAAUCUUCCUGGCGCAGAAUGGCUACGCUUGCUUUGCCCUUGAUCUGGAAGGCCAUGGCCUGUCCCAAGGGCUAAAGGCCUACGUACCCAAUCUGGAUCUUGUCCUACAAGACUGCGUCUCCUUCUUCGAUUCAGUCCUGACCCAAAACCCUAAAUUCCAGAGCUUGCCCAGAUUCCUGUUUGGGGAGUCCAUGGGAGGGGCCAUCUGUCUCUUGAUCCACCUCAAGAAUCCUGACCGGUUCAGCGAUGGCGCCAUCUUAGUGGCCCCCAUGUGUAAAAUCUCCGAAAAGGUCAGACCUUUUUGGCCCCUGCCUCAAAUCUUGACUGCCCUUUCAAGAAUUGCACCCACACUGCCUGUUGUGCCCACUGCAGACUUGCUAGACAAGUCUGUGAAGGUCCCGGAGAAGAAGAUCAUUGCUGGGAUGAAUCACAACAGGUACAGAGGGAGACCGAGAUUAGGGACAGUGGUGGAGCUGUUGAGGGCGACAGAGUAUCUGGCCAGCAAAAUAAGGGAUGUUGAGUUUCCAUUUAUAGUGUUACAUGGGAGUGCAGAUGUGGUUACAGACCCAGAUGUGAGCAGGGAAUUGUAUGAGAUGGCAAGAAGCAGAGACAAAAGCAUCAAGAUCUAUGAGGGAAUGAUGCAUUCCUUGUUGUUCGGAGAGACUGAUGAAAAUGUUGCCAUUGUCCGAAAGGACAUCUUGAAUUGGCUGUCCCAAAGAGAUGCCAGAAACGAAGUUCUUCUGUAGAUUAUCAUUGUUACGUUGUCCCAAUUUGUUUCGUGGU